AAUAGUUAGACAUUUAUAACACACUAUAAUGAAAUGUAAAACACAAGAGCGUGUACUCUUAGGAUUUCAGAAAACAAUGUUUAAACAAUGAUAUCAAAUGAAGUUAUCUGUUUUUCGAAAUAAAACGUACAAACGGAAAAUCGAAACAUCUAAAUAACUACCUUCUUAAAUAUCAAAUAUUAAUGAAUCUUAUUUAUAAUUCAGAGUAAUUCUGUGAAAUCUGGUGAAAUUCAAGUAAUAUUUGUCUAACCAGUGUGUUUUAUAUUACUGUCUUGUACUUAAUAUCAAUAAUAAUGUAUAAGAGCAAUUUGGGGGACGAUAUUUUGCGGAUAUAUAUUUGCGGGCCCCACAGCACGGGCAAGACGACACUUUUAAAAGACCUUCGACCUCAUAUAGGUAACAUUAAAAUCGUCGAAGAGGUCGCACGAGGGAUUAUAAAGAAUCACGGUUGGACACGUGACGACUUUUUACCAGAAAAACACCCGGAUGUAUUCCAGCAAUUAAAUGAGGAAGUUUUGGCGGCGCAGAUUGAAACAGAUAAAAAGUACACACGUUUGGGACAAGAUUUUAUAUGUGAUAGAGCACUGGAUCCAAUGAUUUAUUGUGGGUUCUAUAUUGGGGAGCAAGCAAAAGAAGCAAUGUAUAGGCUGGAUGGCAUGGAACGAUGGCUCGAGAGCUUGCGGAAAUCUCUUGUGGUACUAGUUUCACCCCAUCCUGAAUGUAUCCAUGACGACUCGGUGCGGCUUUCGUCUUCUAUAGAAGAACUGCGCGAGUUCUAUGCCAAGUUUGAGAAAGAACUUCAACACAAUCAUAUAAGACACGUUAAGCUUACACAGCUCGACAGACAAGAAAGAGUCCACACCGUUCUGAAAGAACUAACUACAUUUAAACGAAGAAAAUCAUUGAAACCUGCAGAAGAUGGAAGUAAUGCAGUAGAAUAAUAUAUGUGCAAUAUUAAUACAAACACUGCCUUCUAGAUUAGGUCCAAUGGUUAGGAAUCAGAAAUUAGAACCAGUCUAAACACUACUAUUUGAUUGGCUGAUUCUAAAGGACAAUCGCGAAACUGACCAAUGAAAUUCCUGCCUUUCUUAAAACUUGCAUGUCUGCAAAUGUAAAUUUUAUGACAGACAGUCUUUCUAGUCCAUAUAAAAAUAACUCGGAGAUAGGAAUUAACGACGAUAUAAAGACAAUAUCACCACAGAUCUCUCUCAAAAGGGCAUUCUGCCAUAAUUCAGUCAUAUUUUUGUAUCUAUUUAUGUAUUUGAUUUAGUAAGUGGAGCCGCUUGCUACAAUAGACAGACUUAUCCUAAACCAUGCUUCGUAUAUUCAAUUGGUACUACUCUAACUAACAUCGUUUUGUUUGUCAGAUUGUCAUUGUUUCAUUGUAAGGUUGAAAGCAAGAUGGAUUAUUUAAGAAAUAAUUUUUAGCAAGA